AUGGAUGGUAUAAUAAAUAAUAAUUUCAAUACUGAAGGUCAAAUAAACGAGUACGAAGAAAAAAUAGCUGAAUUAUGCGAUAUUUUUCCUGAUAAGAGUCAAACAGAAAUACAAAAGGCAUUCCUGUCAAGCAACAAAAAUCUACCAGCAACAUGUGAGCUAUUGCUGACGGGACAUGAAACACUUCUCAAAGAAUCCGAUGUGGCGGGAGUCGAUCCUCAAGUAAAUAGGAAACAGGAAUUUACACCGGUUGAUGAACUAGGUGCCAUGUUUCCUAACAUUGACCGCAAAGCAAUUACGACUGCUUUGCAGUCUAAUAAAAACUCCUUAGAUGAUACUAUUGGGGAUUUACUCAAUUUUGAUAUCCUGUCUGUCGAGCAAGGUAACGAACAGAAAAGGCUGGAAAGCCAAAUCAAGAAAGGGAAUAGAUAUCGUGACGUAGACAAAAACGAUUGGAAACUAACAUCAAAUUAUCUGGAAAUAGUACAGCAGUAUACCAAUGUCGAUAAUGAUACCGCAAUGAAGUCCUACUAUAACAAUUUCAUGAACAUGGGCAAAACAAUAAUAAAUAUAAUUUGGACUGCCGAAAAUGAUCACAAUGCCAGACAGAAAAAUGAUAGCAAAAUUUUGACCAGGAAACCAACUACUGGUGGCAGAGUGCAAUCAGCGUAUGGAUAUGCUCACGAAGCGACUAAUUCAUUUACUGCUCUUGAGAAAAAGAGGUACCUCAAUGGAAACGAUAAAUCAAUGCAAAGUUCACCUUAUGUAUACAAUCCAAACACUGAAGAGACAAAAAAGGUCAGUGAAAUACUCACGGAAAAUCCGAUUGUGAAAUGCAUAAGUAGGGAUUUCUUGAAGAAAGCUCUCAAGUUUUAUAAUGGAGACAUGAAAAGAACCCUUUCCGUUAUAUUAUUCAUUAUUGACCUGAAUGCUUCAAAAGACACCUAUUGCAGAGUGAACGCUUCAAAGGAUUGCGCUGGGUAUAAGCAUCAUACGGCAAGCAGCUACCCUAAGGCCUUUAAACAAAAGACCCCUUCUGCUGGCACUAUUGCCUUGCGAUGCAGCGAUUUCCAGAGUGAAGAGCAUUAUAAAAUAGGAUGCGAAAUGAUUGAAACAAUCCUUAUUGCACCUAGGUUAGAUUUUCAUGGGUUUAUACCGGAAGAUGCUAUUCAGAUCCUCAAAAUCUGUCUGAAGAAAUGGUGGAAUCAUGAAUUAUUGGAGAGAGAGCUCAAGGCACAGAAAUUAUCUAUAUCCAAGGCAUUUAAUGUAUCUGCAGUAGAAGUAGUCACAGGGCGAGGAAUCCACAGCGUGGGAGGCGUUUCUGUCUUGAGGAAAAGAGUCAAAAUGUUUUUAGAUCGGGAGAAUUACCUCUAUUGGGAAGAGCCUUCGUAUUUCAUUGUCACCGGUAAAAAACCAGUGAAGUAG